GUUCCUUGUAUACUGAUUGAUAUUCGUUCAUGAAAUGGCAGUUGUUGAAAAUUCGAUGUCCUGGUCAGACGCUCUCAUUAAAGGAACUGAUAACUUUUUUGAGUUUCCACUGAAUGUUCGUCUAACAAUUUUUAUAAUACCAGUAGGAUUUUUGUUCAUAGUCCUUGGUAUAGUAAGUUCGUCAUGGUCGGAAUCAGAUUCAUCACGACAAGGACUUUGGGAUCACUGCUCAAUGCUGACUUCCUACCGAGGCUCCUUCGAAUGUUGUGAAAGUAUCAUCAAUUUUCUUGGAAAAGACACACCAGGAUGGAUUAAAACUACAAGUGCCUUCCAAAUAAUGUCAAUGUUUGCAUCGGAUGCGCUGUCGUUGUCAUAUCGACAAUGUGUGUUUCGAAAUAUAAAGACAGCAUAAAAAUUAACAAACUAGUGUGGAUGUCGUAUUUGAUUACAGCAUUUUUACUAAUGAUUAGUAUCAGUGUAUAUGGCGGAACAUAUCACAAAGAAGACUGGCUAAAAGAUCACAGACUUUCUGGUUCAUUCGCAUGUGCAACUAUUGCAUUUUUCCUGUACUUGUGUGGAGGUUUGGCUAUCAUAAUAAUGAGCUAUCAAGGAGAAAAUAAAGUGGAAGUUGUUUAUAUUUCCCAAAAGGAAGAACCUAGACCAAGCUCAUCACUUCCAAGUCACUAUUUAUGGCUGGCUAAAAGACCAAUAAAAACUCCAAAGUACUGGACAAAGUUUGACAAUUCAAAACGAAUUGAUGAAUGGAUAGCUCAAAAUCCGUCUUCCUUAUUUCAUCUGGUACCUGCGUCAACAUUAGAAAAAACUGCUAUCGAUAAACUUGUUCAAAGGACUUGGAAGGAGGAUCUAGUUGGGGUGGGUAGAGAUGCUAAAGGUAUAGAUCCGCUAGUCUAUAAAAAGCUACAGGUCAUCAAAGUCGAACGAGUCGAAAAUGCUCCAUUAUUCGAAAAAUAUGCUGAAAAUCGAGCAAAACUUUUUCGAAAGGUAGGUAGAGGAGUGGUCUUAAAUAAGCUGGAACAGACAGGCAAGGCUCAAAAAGGGCCGAUAAUAACAACAACCGAAGACAUACUUUUAAGAGACGUGUAUCCCGCAGUAAAUGAAUAUUAUCUCUUUCAUGGUACGCCUGUUGAAAUAGUUGAUGCUAUCGUUACUCAAGGCCUAGAUGCCAGAUUAAAUAAAAGGGGAAUGUUUGGUCCAGCUGUGUAUGCUGCAGAAAGUAGUACCAAGAGCGAUUCGUAUGCAGAUUCACCACAAUCCAGGGAUAUAAAGUCGGAGAAAAAAAUGAUUUUAUUGCGUAUGCUUCUAGGGGACAUGUUUGUUCUGAAUUCCAAAGAAGUUUUUCAGCGUCCUCCUUGUAAAACCUGCAGAAACGAUCGCUGUAGUGACAGGUCACAUGAUCAAGCCGGGAACUGGUUCUAUGAUUCCGUUGUUGUGGACGGACACUGGAAUUUCCGAGAAUUUCUUGUUUAUGAACUAAAUAUGUGCUAUCCAGAGUAUGUUAUUACUUACAAAAGGACCUAGGAUUGAGGUUCUUCAUUUUUUUUAUCCGUCCACGAAGCUUAUAAAACAAUGCAAGAUAAUUUGGUAUUUUGUAUGUGUACGGUUAUAAAGAAUAGUAUCUAUAAUACUAAAAUAACGAGGUCCAAUUUGUCAGCCGUCAUCGGGUUAAAACGACAAAUCAAAGAAUUCAAUUUUAUAUAUAGCCAAUAUAGGACAAUGGUGUUGAUUAAAAAUUACACCACUCCAGCCCUUUUGUUUUCCACAUAAUUAAUAUUGUCAAUAAUUCCCGGUUCCGGGUCGAAUCCGAUACCGAUACCAAUAGUGCAUUCACCUGUAACCGAUUACUUUAUCUACAUACGUUCUGCAUCUGACAGGCGCACCACCAAACGCAGUAUUUCGGAUUUUGCUAUAUACACGGGUCAAAAUCACAGGGUUGACGCUUCUAAAUUCAAUCAGUCAAAUUGUUCCCUUUGGUAGCAUUUUAAUCAGUAAGACUUUCUAAGAUGACAAUACGAAUACUAAAAAUCUCGACUUAAAAUAAGGCGUAAUGGCACAGUUUUAAAUUUGUUAGCUGACAUGAAGUAAAACAGCGAAUCAAAGAAUUAAACUUUAUUUAUAUAACUAAUAUAGGACAAUGCUGUUGAUU